AUGGCAACUGACUAUUCAGAUUUUGAAAGUUUGGAAGAUGAUGCUUCAAAUAUACCGGAUUUUACAGGAAACGAAGAAUCCCAGCUUGUUCAAUCUGCGUAUCUGCCUUUCACUAAAGAACCUAAUCCUAUUCCUGAAUCUUUGGUGUCCUAUGAACAUAUCGAUUUUACGGAAUAUUUUCUAAAGAUGGAGGGUUUCAGUACUAGAGAAGAACUACAAUCGUGGUGUUUGGCUAUUGGUAGAGAACACAAUUUUCAGGUUGUGUGUAAAUCAUCACAGAUAAAGAACACUCUAGAUAAUGGUCAAGGAUCUCGGAUACAACUCUGUUGUGAAAGAAGUGGUCAUCACACUAGUCAUCGAGGGAAGAACUAUGUGCCAAAGACUGCCAUAACAAAAAAGAGAAAGUGUGGCACCAUCAAAUGUAACUGUCCAUUUCGCCUAAAUGGAAGUUGCAAUAAGUAUGGGAUAUGGAAGCUUAGAGUUGGAUGUGGUUACCAUAAUCACCAGCUUCCAACCACAUUGGUAGGACACGGUUAUGCUGGAAGGUUGGAGGAAAAAGAAAAGAUGGAAGUCCAAAAAUUGACAGAAAGUGGGUGUCGACCUCGUGAAAUUCUUACUACUCUCAAAAAAGAUAACCCUAAGAACUGUUCCACCAUGAGAACCAUCUAUAAUGAAAGGCGCAAGCUGAAAAUGUAUGCAAUGCAAGGUAGAUCUAUGAUACAACACUUCUUUAAGUUAGCACAAGAACACCAUUACACGGUUGAGUAUAAGUAUGAUCCCAUGAUAAAGAAGGUUACUGAUCUCUUUUUUUCUCAUCCGGUUUCGGUGAAGUUGGCACAAUGUUUUCAUGAAUUUCUUCUAUUGGAUUGCACCUAUAAAACCAACAGAUAUAAGUUACCGUUGUUCCAUGUUGUAUCUCACACGUCGACGGGAGCAACAUUCACUGUUGCGGUAGCUUUCAUGAGUCGAGAAAAAGAAGCAAACUACAUAUGGGCUCUAGAAUGUAUCAAGCGACUCUAUAUAAAAAAUGAAAUUCCAUCGGUUUUCGUUACAGAUUGUGAAGUUGGUUUAAUUAGUGCAAUUCAUCACGUGUUUCCCAAAUCAUCUCAUCUACUUUGCGCAUGGCAUAUCGGGAAGAACGUGUAUGCUCACGGUAAAUGUUACUUCAAACUCAAACCUGCAACUGCAACUUCCAAUGACAAAGACAGACCAAAGAAGAUUGAUACUGUCAUACCCCGAAAAAAAGAGAAGGGGAAACAAAAGGAAAAGCAGGAUGAGAAAAAAAAGGAACUCAAAAAAUGA